AUGGCACCGCUGCACCCUCUAGAUCCCCUCUCUUCUGCAGAGAUUGAAAAGGCCAUCGCUGCCGUCACAAAGGCCCACGGCGACGUCUUCUUCAACGUCGUCUCCCUCCACGAACCCCGCAAGGCUGAAUUGACAAGAUGGCUCGCCUCACCCUCGACAAAACCCCUCCCCGCCCGCAUCGCCGACGUCGUCGUCAUCGCAAAGGGCGGCAAAGUCUACGACGGCCUCGUUGACCUCGCCUCGGGCGCCAUUACCAAGUGGGAGCUCAUGCAGGGCGUGCAGCCCAUUAUCACAAUGGAAGAGCUCCAAAUCGUCGAACACAUCUGCCGCACCGACCCCAAAGUCAUUGAGCAGUGCGAAAUCUCCGGCAUCCCCAAAUCCGACAUGCACAAGGUCUACUGCGACCCCUGGACGAUCGGCUACGAUGAGCGCCACGGCAACACCAUCCGCCUCCAGCAGGCCCUCAUGUACUACCGCCCGGACCCGGACACCUGCCAGUACCAGUACCCCCUCGACUUCUGCCCCAUCUACGACGCCGACAAGCAGGCCAUCAUCGCCAUCGACAUCCCCACCAUCCGCCGGCCCCUCAGCAAGGCCGCCCCCGUAGACUACACCCCGGCCGCCGUAAAGAAGCAGUCCGGCGGCUACCGCACCGACCUCAAGCCCAUCAACAUCACUCAGCCCCAGGGCGUCUCCUUCCAGAUGCAAGGCCGCCAGAUCUCCUGGCAGAACUGGAACUUCCACAUUGGCUUCAACUACCGCGAGGGCAUCGUCCUCAGCAAUAUCACCUACAACGACAAGGGCAACGUCCGCCCCAUCUUUUACCGUCUGUCCCUCGCGGAAAUGGUCGUCCCCUACGGAAACCCGGAGCACCCUCACCAGCGUAAGCACGCCUUUGACCUCGGCGAGUACGGCGCCGGAUACAUGACGAACAGUCUCUCGCUGGGCUGCGAUUGCAAGGGCGAGAUCCACUACCUCGACGCCGAGUUCCCCACCCGCAACGGCGGCGUGCGCACCAUCAAGAACGCCAUUUGCAUCCACGAGGAGGACAGCGGCAUCCUCUUCAAGCACACCGACUUCCGCGACGACUCCGUCAUCGUCACCCGCGGCCGCAAGCUCAUUAUUCAGCAAAUCUUUACCGCUGCAAACUACGAAUACGCAAUCCAAUGGAUCUUCCACCAAGACGGUACAAUCCAGCCCGAAAUCAAACUCACCGGCAUCCUAAACACCUACUCCCUCAACCCAGGCGAAGACACAAAAGGCUGGGGCACCCAAGUCUACCCGGGCGUCAACGCCCACAACCACCAGCACCUCUUCUGCCUGCGCGUCGACGCCAACAUCGACGGCCCCCGCAACACAGUCUUCGUCGCCGACGCCGUCGCCUCCGACGCGCCCGCCGGGUCCCCCGAGAACUUUUACGGAAACGCCUUUUACGCGAAGAAGACCAAGCUCGAUACCACGGGGAAAUCGAGGACCGACUACGACGGGUCGACGAGCCGCACGUGGGAGAUUGCGAAUACGGAUAAGUUGCAUCCGUACAGCGGGAAGCCGGCGAGUUAUAAGCUUGUUAACCGCGACGACGAACUCUGGCCCGCAGGUCGCCACGUCCCCCAAACCUCAGGCGAGCCCUCCUCCGGCAUUCCCGAAUGGAUCGGCGACGGCACAGAGUCCAUCGAGCAAGAAGACAUUGUCCUCUGGCACACGUUCGGCGUAACCCACAUCCCCGCGCCCGAGGACUUCCCCAUCAUGCCCGUGGAACCCAUCACCCUCCUCCUGCGCCCCCGCAACUUCUUCGCCAGCAACCCCGUCAUGGACGUCCCGCCUAGCUACUGCAGUACCCCAAGCCAGGUCGCUGCCGGCAAGGGCGCGCUGGAGGCGGCGGAUGGGGUGAGCAAGCUUGCUUUCACCGGGGGUGCGGCUGCUGGGGAGUCGUGCUGUGCGCCGGGGAAGAGUAAGUUGUGA